UGGAAAAACACUCUCACACUGUCUGUGCAAAUUAUGUCAGAAUGGUCGAUAGGUGGCGAUGUUUCUUUGGGCGAGCUGCUGAACUGGGCGGAGACACUGACGCUGAACGAUCAUGUGCGUCCGGUUCGCAUGAGCAUGGCGGCUCCUGCUGUUGCUGUUGGUUCUACCUCCGCAGAAAACAUGUCAGAAACUGCGAAUGGACCCACGGAGAAUUCCGCUGAGGCCCAGAAACGACCGCAGUUCGGCACUCGCUUCCUCACAGACCCGCGACAGGUGUUUCAGCACAACGCGUGGGAUAAUGUGGAGUGGUCAGCUGAACAGGAGCAGGCCGCCCAGAAAAAGGUGCAGGAAAACAGUCAACCUCUCCCAGCAGAAAAACAAGAGGGGUUUGACAGCAGGGCCAAUGAGUACUGGAAUGAUUUCUACACCAUUCACGAGAACCGCUUCUUCAAGGAUCGCCACUGGCAAUUUACAGAGUUUCCUGAGCUGGCCCCUCAACAAAAGCCUCCACAAGACGCUGAGGCGAAUCUGUUAAAUGUUGAAGAUGUUCCCUCGACUCACAAUGACACCGAAUUUCCUGGAGCCUCUGCAUCCUAUCGCAUCCUGGAGGUGGGCUGUGGAGUAGGCAAUACAGUCUUUCCCAUCUUAAAAACCAACAAUGAUCCAAGACUCUUUGUUUACUGUUGUGAUUUCUCCAGCACGGCUGUUGACCUUGUCAAAUCAAAUCCUGAAUAUGACCCGUCGUGUUGUCAUGCGUUUGUCCAUGAUAUGAGUGAUGCGUCUGCAGAGUAUCCAAUACCAGACCACAGUCUGGAUGUCAUUGUCCUCAUAUUCAUGCUGUCUGCCCUGCAUCCUCAGAAGGAGGUGCUUGUCGGAAAAUUUCUACGUUAGAGGGGAUGGAACACGUGUCUACUUUUUCACACAAGAUGAGCUGCAUGAUCUGUUCUCCAGUGCCGACCUGGAGAAGGUGCAGAACUUAGUGGACCGACGCUUACAGGUGAACAGAGGAAAACAGUUGACAAUGUACAGAGUCUGGGUACAGUGCAAGUAUCGCAAGGUCCUGGUGCCCCCUUAGAAUCAAGACCGCUUAUUUGGAGAGAUCGAGAACAUCUGGGCUGAACCAUGAGAAUAUUGUGAUAUGGUUGUUUUAAAGAUGAUGGACAGGUUGCAACAACAGGGGGGAUUGCGGUGCUGACAUGUGAUUGAACGCGCUGACUGGUAUGAGACUCAAUCUUAUGCAGCCUACUUGGGAAUGUUGAUGGAGGACAUGAUGAGUUCCCAUGAUGCACCUGAGGACUUUAAACUUUGUCUAUCACAUGUUUUUAAGGACAUUUUUUAAUCUUAUGAAUAAAAACUACAUGAUGUAUUAAAUCAAA